AUGAGAGGAGAGGAGGAGAGGCAUGAGGGGAGAGAGGAGAGGAGGAGAGGCAUGAGGAGAGGUGGAGAGAUAUUGUCAGACAAGAGGCGAGGGUAUGUGGAGAAGAGUAGCGGUGUUGCUACGCCAAGAGGAAAGGAGAGGACAGUAAAAGAGAGGUGUGGAGAGAGGAGAAUUCCCUCCACCAGAGAUGUCGCUCGGCCGGCCCCGAGAGCCCAUUUCUUAAUUACCCCUUACUGUCAUCUCCACACACCCGUCGUAGAGUCUCCAACCGAGGGGACGUCACCUUGUCAUCUCCUCAACACCGCCCGUCCGCACCACGGCCACCAGCCUCCCACUUCCAACACCUAGAGACACAAGGAGGAAAUUAGAUAGAUGCCCCCUGUAGAGUUCAUCAGUCAUCCAGACAGAGGAAAGAAGAAAACAAGAUGACGCUUCACUUCUGUUCUGUUUUUCUUCAAUCUACGUUUUAAUUUAAAUGUACUGACGAGAAUCUGUUGAAUUCCCGUCACGCCCAUCUUACAAGGUAUCUAGCAUUGGAAAUAAAAAAACUGUGCCUGACAGGUGCUUGUUUUGAUAUCACGUUAUAUCACUCAUCACUGUGAUUUGAUGAAUGUGCUCAAGAAUGAGGACAUUGGUAGCUAAUUUUGUACUCCAUCGGGGAUUGGGCGACUGGGACAUGAUUUGAUGAGUGAUAGGAAGGAGCUUGUUUGAAUAUCUCAUUGAAGAUUUCAAUUGCAUACACCUUGCGUCCUCUCUCCUCGUCUCCUCCUCAAAACCCAUUGGAAGAGAAGGUCAGUGGGGAGGGACCUCUGGCUUUCUCAUCCAAUGGGUUUUGAGAAGGAGACAAAGAGAGAGGACGCGAAGAGUAUGCAAUCGAGAUAUUCACACAGUCGCACACAAUGAGAUGAGACUCUGUCUUUGUUUCGCCUUUAUGCUGACCACCUACAUAAGGUUUUGUCUUGCACAUCUGUUGUCUGGCAAUCUCAUAAUAUCACACAAAUGACCUAUCUUCUGCACUGAAGCAUCCGAUGUGUGAGUUAUUCUGAAUGUGAGUUGGCCACUGAAUAAAUACAGUAUCUAUCCAUCAAUAUAUCUUCAGGUGUGCCUGGUGUCGGUGCUGCAGGCGGCUGUAAAGGUCUCUCCUCUCAUAGAGAAGGUCAGCGACCACAAGGACUUCAAGAAGCUCCUUCGGACCCGAACCAAUGUCCUGGUGCUCUACACUAAGUCAGGUGGGUAAGAACCAAUGUCCUGGUGCUCUACACUAAGUCAGGUGGGUUAGAACCAGUGUCCUGGUGCUCUACACUAAGUCAGGUGGGUUAGAACCAAUGUCCUGCUGCUCUACACUGUCAGGUGGGUUAGAACCAAUGUCCUGGUGCUCUACACUAAGUCAGGUGGGUUAGAACCAAUGUACUGGUGCUCUACACUAAGUCAGGUGGGUUAGAACCAAUGUCCUGGUGCUCUACACUAAGUCAGGUGGGUUAGAACCAAUGUCCUGGUGCUCUACACUAAGUCAGGUGGGUUAGAACCAACAACUAAUGCCCUCCUGCUCUACACUAAGUCAAGUAGGUCAGUGGGCAUACUUUAGGCCCUUUGUAGUAAAAAUUAUAUGUGAAGUUAGAUCUGCCUGUUUUUGGUGUAAACAACCUCUUAUAGUGGUCUGUUAUUAUAUCUCUGAUCCAUCACUUGUAAUGGAACAUGAACAACAUUCUGGAAGGACUGUGAUAAUGCAUCGCACUUCUUGUUCACAACGACCUGCAGGCUUGUGACAUCUCCCCUGGAUUUGAAAAUUUUGCAUAGAAUCAUGUACUUGAACAGAAACAGACACCCAAACUAAAUGCGGUCAAAUAAAGCCUUAAAACUGCAUUCACCUACAGCCAUUAGGGAAAUCACCCUCUCUUGCAUUUAAUUCAUUUUCAUAUUUCACGCCAGCAGAAAGUGUUCAGCUCAGUUCACUCUCAUAUGCUCAUAUAAGACUCUGUGCCGUGUGUGUUUGCCGGUGUGUGUCAGGGAUCGACAUUAAUGCUUGUCCAUUUGCCCGGGGCAAGUAAAAAUAAAUGUUGGACAAGCAGAUUAUAGAUUUAAGUUUUCUGUAUAGACAAGUAAAAAACAUUCAUGCAAAAAUCACAAUAUCAAACGAUUAGGUUACUCUGAUCAUAAUUGGAUCAGUGUCCUCCGGAUGUGAUAUUUUGCUCACUGUCCUACCAAUUUCUGCAGAGCGCAUCGGAGUAUAAUUAUUAUAGACCUGCAUUGACAGACACGAGCGGUCUUUCAAUGAUGCAGUCGCAAAAUGUGUUUUUGAGAUCAAAGCGAGCCGUGUUCGCACUUUUGUUGACAAUAAUUGCUAGUGAGUUAUUUGCCCAGUUAUAGCACAUUUUUGGUCAGCAAUGAAAAUCCUGAAAACGUCAUGGUCUGUGCAUCACCUGCAUGUGGGCCGUUGCCAGAGGAGAGAGAGAGACAUUUGUGCAGCAGGUAAAAUAAUGAUAUACAACAGACUAACUAGAUAACCAGCCAAACUCUAUCUCGCUAGUUAACUAUUUAGUUAUUAGCUGCAUUAAUGUCAUUGUCAUGUCUGAUAACUUUCCACCGGCUCCAGAUUUGUUUCAUAAUUCAUGGACCGUUUCAGCCGUUGUUAGGUCAUUGUAUAAGACUUGCAUGUAUCAAACGCCGCCCCGUGAUUGAUUGCUUGCCGUUGCCGCGGCGCUGCGUUCUGGCGUUCUCCGAAGGUUUAGUCCUCCCCCCCCCAAUCAUUUCAUUUCCUGUUGUCGGCUACUCUCUCUCUCUCUACUCAGUGUAGUGCGUCCCAAAUGGAAAUCUAUUCUCUACGUCCCAAAUGGCACCUAUAUUCCCUUUUUGGGUCGCACAAUGGGCCCCUAAUCCUCAGUAUCAUGGCAAUGCCCCCAAAGCUAAAUCUAGACAAGGUGUCCAGAGAACCAUGAAUUGUUCAACUCAUAAUAAGUGUUGAAGGGGUUGUAAAAGUGAUGUAUUGUUGUUGAGCAGGGACAAAAUAACCACAGUUAUUUUACUUAUUUGAGUCUACAUUGUAUCUCAAAGGACAUUGUGUAAUGUUGCACGGUAUUGUUACAGUACAGUUUAUUACAAUUUAUUCUCUGAUGGUUUCUCAGUAGGCCUUGGCCAAUGCUGUGUUUAUGAUACUCAUAACAUGUUGGAAGUAGCCUAGUGAUCGCUCGGUUAGGUAAUGUCACAAGGUGAUGAGUGGGGGGUGGUACUUGGUAAUGCUCACGUAUACCCUCCUGUGAUUUGAUGUUUGAGUUUAUAGUCCAUGUUUUGAGUGUUGUGACCUCUGACCUUCAGUGAAUUACAGGUUUUAGAACUAUUGAGUAAUGAAAGCUGGUGAGCUUAGCAACAUAACCGAUAUUGUAGUGAAAGGUGUAUUGUAACUCCACCUGUUGUAACCUACUCCAGUCCUCUUAUCUUGUGUGUGUAAAUAGCUACCUCCGGGGACUCUAAGCUGAAGCUGCUGUCUGACGUGGCCCAGGUUGUCAAAGGACAGGGCACCAUCGCCUGGGUCAACUGUGGGUAAGUACAGGGUUGAUUGGUUGAUAGAUUGAUUUAAUUACAGUAUGGAAUGGCAUACAUUAUUAUUUCGUCACCAUGUCACAUACUGUAUGUCAUAUAUAGCGUCCAAGGGAUUUUACAAAAAGCAUUUUAGGUUAGAAGAAUGUCCUUAUUAAUUCAUCUGUGACAUGUCCCUCCUUAUCAAAAUGUCCAAGGGGUUUCUGAAUAGCAUUAUAUGUUAGAAAAAUGCCAUUAAUCCAUUCCUCCCAGUAUCAGCUCUGAGAUGUAUAGCUAUAGGAAAGUAGUAGUAAAACCCUCUUUAUACAGCUGCCUUGUAAGAGCAGAGUGAGACAGGCCUGGACUAAAUAAUCUAUAGCAGCUAUUGAAGCCUAGGACAGCUGCAUGACGUUGUGUCAUAUCUAUUUAUAUCCAUGCCAUCUCCAUCUCUCCACUGCACUUCUAAUCGGUGUUGUCUCGGCUUGGCAUAUCCUCCUGAAGUCACAGCGGAGGUUGGAGAAGAGACGCUCAUUAAAAUAGGUCAUGGGCAUCGUGUAGGAAGACAUGCUUUCCUGACCCUGUUUCCCUGAAGCCCCUGCAAUAGAUCUGUCAGGUCUGGGCAGAUGAACCAUUUGAAACGCAUUCUCUGGAAGUGUUCAUACUGGGAGGAUCCACCACACUCCCAAGACACACACUAGAAUAAUUGUUUUCCUUAAACAUUUCUUCCUUCACGUUUCCCCGCGUGAUCCGACUUCUCCUCUAGUUGUCUUUCUGCCAUUUUAUGUCCCUGUUGUUUUUUAUACCUCUCAACCUCAACCUCGAGCUCUUCGUUGCUCCAGAGAAAAUGCUUCAAACAGAAAACUACAAAGGAAUCAAGAUCACCCCUCUGACACAUACCACUCAAAGCAUCCCUCAAAAUGUCUUUCUAGCCUUUCCAAAAUGGAAGAUGGACGGGAAAGAAAAAGUGUCUCAAAACAAUGUAGCCUGGUCAGCAGUUUUAUAUAGACCUUCGUCCAAACAAGAGAUUUGCUGUGAGAUUUUCUUUAUUUUCAUGGCAGUAAAUCUGUCAACCCUCUCUUUCUAUAGCUUCUGCCUUAUAACUGAGGCUGUUCUAAUGGUUGACUUUGCCACCUGUAGCGCAGACUGUAUCACCUUGACCUAGGAGAAGAAUCCCUGCAUACUGUAUCACCUUGACCUAGGAGAAGAAUCCCUGCAUACUGUAUCACCUUGACCUAGGAGAAGAAUCCCUGCAUACUGUAUCACCUUGACCUAGGAGAAGAAUCCCUGCCGCUGCUCUCUGCAUAUCCGUCUCUCCCUUUCUCCCGACUCAUUUCAACCAUUAUUCCACUCUCAUUCCACUCUCGUUUUAAAAAUAAAUUCUGUCAAAAUAAAUACUGAAAGGUGUGGAAGUUCCUGAAGGUUCUACAGUACUGUACAUACCUGUGCCAGUGACCCUACAGAGGACCUGAUACGAAAGGGUUCAUGGCUGCUGUUACUGUUCAGACAGCCUCUCUCUAGCAGAGAGGUUUCCCCACCGUCUCAAGAUCUCCCAUGGACCAGCUCCAAAACAUAGCUUAGCCGAGUGCUGUUGGACAUGGAGAAAGACAUCCUCACGGGUGUCGUUGGAAGAAUGGUUGCCCCUGCCAACAGAGAGGAAUGUGAGCCCAGGUUGGCAGGACCUGAGAGAUGUCCAACAGUGAGGAUGCCAGAGGAACUGGGCAAGAGACAGUGCCAGUCCAGGCAUGGAUGCUAGACUGCAUACGGUGCUGAGUAAACUAGGAGAUUUGUAACUUUUAUUAUUUUUGUAAUGUGCUCAUUAAUCUCUGACUGCUUGGUUGACCAUCAGACUAAAUGCUAGCCUGAAGCCUCUUCCCAGCGGGCAAGCUGGUUGAAAACAGGUUGUAAUGACGCCAUUUCAACCAGCGUUGCCUGCUGGGUAACAAGGCAUCCCGGCCGGCCAAACCCUCCCCUAACCCGGACGACGCUGAGCCAAUUGUGCACCGCCUCAUGGGUCUCCCGGUCGCGGCCGGCUGCGACACAGCCUGGGAUCGAACCCGGGUCUGUAAUGACGCCUCUAUCACUGCGAUGCAGUGCCUACUGUUACUGCGAUGCAGUGGCUUAGACUGCUGCUCCCUUCGGGAGGCCACCUUUUGUUAACACCUCAUAACUUCCUGCCGCUCUCCCUCUUCUCAGUUCCUCCUCUAAACACCCUGUGUGUUCCCUCUUCCAACUCCAAUUGCCUAUUUACUAUUUUCAAUGUCGUUUUUAAUCAACUACCUUGCCAUUUUACACUUUUCUGGGUUGUUUUGAAUUAACAAUCAACUACAGCAGAGUACAUUUCUUUCAGUUUACUUCCUUUUGAGUUAUAAGGGUGUAAAGCCUUAUUUGAAUAUUUCUUAAUGUGUCACAGUAUGGUGGUUUGCAAUGUGAUAUCCAAUCUCUGUUGGAAGCCAACGUAAUGGAAGAUAACCAGCACUUUUACAUCACUCACAACUUGCAGUACAAAACAGUACAUGAAGACUACCUACAGUAUGUUAACUGGAACAACUACAGUGGCUUGCGAAAGUAUUCACCCCCGUUGGCAUUUCUCCUAUUUUGUUGCCUUACAACCUGGAAUUAAAAUGGAUUUUGGGGGGGGUUAUAUCAUUUGAUUUACACAACAUGCCUACCACUUUAAAGAUGCAAAAUAUUUUUUAUUGUGAAACAAACUAGAAAUUAGACAAAAAAACAGAACUUGAGCGUGCAUAACUAUUCACCCCCCCAAAGUCAAUACUUUGUAGAGCCACCUUUUGCAGCAAUAACAGCUGCAAGUCUCUUGGAGUAUGUUUCUAUAAGCUUGGCACAUCUAGCCACUGGGAUUUUUGGCCAUUCUUCAAGGCAAAACUGCUCCAGCUCCUUCAAGUUGGAUGGGUUCCGCUGGUGUACAGCAAUCUUUAAGUCAUACCACAGAUUCUCAAUUGGAUUGAGGUCUGGGCUUUGACUAGGCCAUUCCAAGACAUUUUAAUGUUUCCCCUUAAACCACUUGAGUGUUGCUUUAGCAGUAUGCUUAGGGUCAUUGUCCUGCUGGAAGAUGAACCUCCGUCCCAGCUGUGUACGGUGUGUGUGUGUGUGUGAGCAUGCAUACAUUUCUAUAAAGAUAGUAGUGGAAAAAAUACAGUACUUAAAGACUACCUUCACCGCUGGAACAACUACUGUGUCUCACUAACAGUUGCUAUAAAUCCAACCAUUUACAGAUUGGAUUAGUAUUAAAAAAUUUAUGUUUCUUAUCUUUGUAGCAAAGAAAACACAGAUAUUGAAACAAACAAUUUAAAAAAUCAAUCUGCAACAGAGGCCCCUCCCACAUCUGGGGAUAACUUCAUAGGCCAGCAGCAUACCACCCUGCAUCCCACUGCUGACUUACCUCCGAAGCUAAGCAGGGUUGUUCCUGGUCGGCCCUUGGAUGGGAGACCAGAUGCUGCUGGAAGUGGUGUUGGAGGGCCAGUAGGAGGCACUCUUUCCUCUGGUCUAAAAAUAAUUAUCACACUGCCCCAGGCAGUGAUUGGGGACAUUGCCCUGUGUAGGGUGCUGUCUUUUGGAUGGGACGUUAAACGGGUGUCCUGACUCUCUGUGGUCACCAAAGAUCACAUGGCACUUAUCGUAACAGUAGGGGUGUUAACCCCUGUGUCCUGUCUAAAUUCCCAAUCUGGCCCUCAUACCAUUAAGGCCACCUAAUCAUCCCCAGCUUCCAAUUGGCUCAUUCAUCCCCCCUCCUCUCCCCUGUAACUUUUCGCCAGGUCGUUGCUGUAAAUGAGAAUGUGUUCUCAGUCAACUGACCUGGUAAAAUAAGGGUUAAAUUAAAAAAGUUAAAGAAAAUACAGAAGUGAGGCUGAAUGUGUUUUUCACAUACACUGUAGUCUAAUCAACCCCCUCUCUACACUGUAGUCUAAUCAACCCCCUCUCUACACUGUAGUCUAAUCAACCCCCUCUCUACACUGUAGUCUAAUCAACCCCCCUCUCUACACUGCAGUCUAAUCAACCCCCUCUCUACACUGUAGUCUAAUCAACCCCCUCUCUACACUGUAGUCUAAUCAACCCCCUCUACACUGCAGUCUAAUCAACCCCCUCUCUACACUGCAGUCUAAUCAACCCCCUCUCUACACUGUAGUCUAAUCAACCCCCUCUACACUGCAGUCUAAUCAACCCCCUCUACACUGUAGUCUAAUCAACCCCCUCUCUACACUGUAGUCUAAUCAACCCCCUCUACACUGCAGUCUAAUCAACCCCCUCUACACUGUAGUCUAAUCAACCCCCUCUCUACACUGCAGUCUAAUCAACCCCCUCUCUACACUGCAGUCUAAUCAACCCCCUCUCUACACUGUAGUCUAAUCAACCCCCUCUACACUGCAGUCUAAUCAACCCCCUCUACACUGUAGUCUAAUCAACCCCCUCUCUACACUGCAGUCUAAUCAACCCCCUCUCUACACUGUAGUCUAAUCAACCCCCUCUACACUGCAGUCUAAUCAACCCCCUCUCUACACUGCAGUCUAAUCAACCCUCUCUACACUGCAGUCUAAUCAACCCCAUCUCUACAGAUUAGUGUGUGUUCUUCACAUACACUGUAGUCUAAUCAACCCCCUCUCUACAGAUGAGUGUAUGUCUGUACUGUACACCGCAGUCUAAUCAACCCCCUCUCUACAGAUUAGUGUGUGUCUGUACUGUACACAGCAGUCUAAUCAACCCCCUCUCUACAGAUGAGUGUGUCUGUACUGUACACAGCAGUCUAAUCAACCCCCUCUCUACAGAUGAGUGUGUCUGUACUGUACACUGCAGUCUAAUCAACCCCCUCUCUACAGAUGAGUGUGUCUGUACUGUACACAGCAGUCUAAUCAACCCCCUCUCUACAGAUUAGUGUGUCUGUACUGUACACAGCAGUCUAAUCAACCCCCUCUCUACAGAUUAGUGUGUGUCUGUACUGUACACAGCAGUCUAAUCAACCCCAUCUCUACAGAUUAGUGCGUGUUCUUCACAUACACUGUAGUCUAAUCAACCCCCUCUCUACAGAUUAGUGUGUCUGUACUGUACACAGCAGUCUAAUCAACCCCCUCUCUACAGAUUAGUGCGUGUUCUUCACAUACACUGUAGUCUAAUCAACCCCUCUCUACAGAUUAGUGUCUGUACUGUACACAGCAGUCUAAUCAACCCCCUCUCUACAGAUUAGUGUGUCUGUACUGUACACUGCAGUCUAAUCAACCCCCUCUCUACAGAUUAGUGUGUGUCUGUAUACGAGUGCGUUUGUUACGAGAAUUAUUUUUAAUCACAGACAGGGUCUCACUCCAUAUCAAGUGACAGUAUUAAUGUCUCUGUGCAGAAAUCUUAUUAACAUGACUUGAUGCAGUGAAUAUUAAUUCCACAGUGGCUUUUCAACCUCCGUUAAUGUUUUUGACGUUAACAUUUGUUUCUCUCUUUCUCUCUCUCUCUCUCUCUCUCUCUCUCUCUCUCUCUCUCUCUCUCUCUCUCUCUCUCUCUCUCUCUCUCUCUCUCUCUCUCUCUCUCUCUCUCUCUCUCUCUCUCUCUCUCUCUUUCUCUUUCUCUCUCUCUCUCUCUCUCAGGGAUUCGGAGGGUCGUAAACUGUGUAAGAAAGUGAAGGUCGAUCCCAGCUCUAAAAGUGGUGGCGCAGAUCUCCUGCAUUAUAAGUGAGUAUCUCAAUUGUAACAUGUACCUCAUUGUUUUACUGUAUGUGGCUUAGAAGUGUUGACACCUGUCAGAAAAUAAUGACAUGUACGAAUGUUCUCUAGGAAGUCAUGCAAGGCCAUGAUAAACAAAAAGUAACCUACUACUUCUCUUUACUGAUUGAACAAUGUGCUUGUCUCUUGCAGAGAUGGGACGUUCCAUACAGAGUACAACAGACCUGCUACAUACAAGGUCAUUACUGACUCACUUAUUCUCCCUCAGUAAUAAUAAUAAUAAUAAUAAUAAUAAUAAUAAUAUGCCAUUUAGCAGACGCUUUUAUCCAAAGCGACUUACAGUCAUGUCCCCCAAGGUCUCAAUCAACAGUAAUUAUUUCAGUGACAUCUGCUUUUCCUUGUUUGUGUUGGUCAACAAUACAGUAAUUGAUAUGAAAACGAUGCAAUUAUUCGAGUGACAUCUUUGUUUCCUGGUUAAAUGAAUGGGAGUUCAUUGUCUCUUACUAUCUCUGUUUCUGUAUAUCACCAUGGUUCUCUUCCUACAUGAUGAUGCCAAUUGGACGGACAUGUGGUUAGUCAAGACUUGAUAAUCCAAUGGGUUUAUGAGUGCUUUAUAAUCAGAGCGCUGGCAUGAGAGUGGCUGGAGUAAUGGAGUGUUCUGCUCUGGAGUAGAUCUGAUGUCUCUCUGGCCUGGCUGGUCCAGCCCAUUGGCAGGGGAUGAGCCUGUGAGCACAUCAAUACUGAUGGACUUUAAGAAAGCUUUCUUGUCAUCAUAAUGUAAAGAGUCUCCUCCUUCCAAACUCAACAUUACUGGUCAUUUAUCAGUCUGGCUACAGGUCUUGUAUUAAUGGUACUGUCUGCACAAUUAGGUCUGACCUAACAUGGCUUUGAUAGACCUCUGUAAGUAUGUUAAUAUUAGCCUAGUUGGUAAUAAGGUAAAACGUGUAAUAAUCUCACUAAGGUAUUUACACUGCUCAAAAAAAUAAAGGGAACACUAAAAUAACACAUCCUAGAUCUGAAUAAAUGAAAUAAUAUUAUUAAAUACUUUUUUGUUUACAUAGUUGAAUGUGCUGACAACAAAAUUACACAAAAAUUAUCAAUGGAAAUCAAAUUUAUCAACCCAUGGAGGUCUGGAUUUGGAGUCACCCUCAAAAUUAAAGUGGAAAACCACACUACAGGCUGAUCCAACUUUGAUGUAAUGUCCUUAAAACAAGUCAAAAUGAGGCUCAGUAGUGUGUGUGGCCUCCACGUGCCUGUAUGACCUCCCUACAACGCCUGGGCAUGCUCCUGAUGAGGUGGCGGAUGGUCUCCUGAGGGAUCUCCUCCCAGACCUGGACUAAAGCAUCCGCCAACUCCUGGACAGUCUGUGGUGCAACGUGGCGUUGGUGGAUGGAGCGAGACAUGAUGUCCCAGAUGUGCUCAAUUGGAUUCAGGUCUGGGGAACGGGCAGGCCAGUCCAUAGCAUCAAUGCCUUCCUCUUGCAGGAACUGCUGACACACUCCAGCCACAUGAGGUCUAGCAUUGUCUUGCAUUAGGAGGAACCCAGGGCCAAUCGCACCAGCAUAUGGUCUCACAAGGGGUCUGAGGAUCUCAUCUCGGUACCUAAUGGCAGUCAGGCUACCUCUGGCGAGCACAUGGAGGGCUGUGCGGCCCCCCAAAGAAAUGCCACCCCACACCAUGACUGACCCACCGCCAAACUGGUCAUGCUGGAGGAUGUUGCAGGCAGCAGAACGUUCUCCACGGCGUCUCCAGACUCUGUCACGUCUGUCACAUGUGCUCAGUGUGAACCUGCUUUCAUCUGUGAAGAGCACAGGGCGCCAGUGGCGAAUUUGCCAAUCUUGGUGUUCUCUGGCAAAUGCCAAACGUCCUGCACGGUGUUGGGCUGUAAGCACAACCCCCACCUGUGGACGUCGGGCCCUCAUAGCACCCUCAUGGAGUCUGUUUCUGACCGUUUGAGCAGACACAUGCAUUUGUGGCCUACUGGAGGUCAUUUUGCAGGGCUCUGGCAGUGCUCCUCCUUGCACAAAGGCGGCGGUAGCAGUCCUGCUGCUGGGUUGUUGCCCUCCUACGGCCUCCUCCACGUCUCCUGAUGUACUGGCCUGUCUCCUGGUAGCGCCUCCAUGCUCUGGACACUACGCUGACAGACACAGCAAACCUUCUUGCCACAGCUCGCAUUGAUGUGCCAUCCUGGAUGAGCUGCACUACCUGAGCCACUUGUGUGGGUUGUAGACUCCGUCUCAUGCUACCACUAGAGUGAAAGCACCGCCAGCAUUCAAAAAUGACCAAAACAUCAGCCAGGAAGCAUAGGAACUGAGAAGUGGUCUGUGGACACCACCUGCAAAACCAGUCCUUUAUUGGGGGUGUCUUGCUAAUUGCCUAUAAUUUCCACCUGUUGUCUAUUCCAUUUGCACAACAGCAUGUGAAAUGUAUUGGCAAUCAGUGUUGCUUCCUAAGUGGACAGUUUGAUUUCACAGAAGUGUGAUUGACUUGGAGUUACAUUGUGUUGUUUAAGUGUUCCCUUUAUUUUUUUUGAACAGUGUAUAUAAGUCAUAUUCUUCAGAAUCAAGGGAUGCAUUUCAUUAAUUGAAAUGGAGAAAACCAUUGAAAUGAUAAGAAGUUAGUUUAUGUCUGAGCAGAACAGAAAGGGAGCAGUGUUUUAGUUAGGGGUGACUGUUUCCCGUCCUACCGUCUGUUGUCUUUUAAAGGCAUACGGCUCUUCAUUAUCAAACUCAUUAUCAACAGUUCACGUGGGGAAAUUGCUUACAUGGUUACUUUGCAUUGGAUGGCUGAAUGGGAGAAGACUGAGAUGGAAGGUUAUACCAUCAGCAAUCUGUUAGACUAGAACCUUCUCUCCUAUUUUAAAUUACAACUGGGGAUUUUUUUUGAUUUUUUAUGAUGUGGAAUUAUGUCUGUGUUUAGCACUAUUAUGUCUAGAAUCUAGAGGGUGAACAUCACUUUUAGUUGUUACAGAAUGAUAAUGAUUGUUUUGACUCCCUCUGUCUUGAGUCUCACUCUCUUCUUCUCUCCUGCCCUCCAGUCCAUGGUGGCGUUUUUAAAAGACCCUACGGGAGCCCCCCUCUGGGAGGAGAACCCAGAAGCUAAAGAUGUUGUUCAUGUAGAAACUGAGAAAGUAAGUACAGAAAUAACAUGUUGUCUUACAACAAAGUGCAUCUGUAUUAUGUGCGUUUCCUGGCACAAUGUUGACUUCCUUUCAGUUUAUAACAACCGUUCAUAACAACCCACUGACAAAUGCCCUAACUUCUCAUCAAAGGAUAGAGUGGACUCCUGCUACUAAGUUUGAUCACCUUGAUACAUUCCAAGCUGACAACACAUGUCAACCUAAAAAAGACAACACAAAGCAAUAGACUGGCCAGGGGAUCAUCAGAAAGCUGAAAAGCUCUACAGUUCACGUCAGUUGAGUUCAAACACAGUCUACUAAGGGAGAGUUGGUCUGACUGCAGUCAGCACUCUCAGACACAGCUUUCCAACAGCGAGGCCGACAUGCCGUCAGAACCCAGCUCUGCACACAAAUGACACACACACAUCCACACACACCUUUGAACAGUGUUUUGAUCAGCUAACAUUCCGUUUUAUCCUAUAUUUUUUACUCGUCUAAUUCAUGGCGUAUCAUGCCUGGGGGGUGUUGAGUGGUGUAGACGUGUCAACAACUUCUGCUGAAUGAGACUUUCAGGAAGUGAGGCAGGUGAUGAGGAGUGAAGGAUGAAUAAAGCAUUAGGUGAAGAGAAGAGCCCACCCUCUGAGUGCAAAUUGGUCUCUCUCCAUCAAAAGGCAUCUUCAAAAACAUGUCUACUUCUGAUGAUGUAGUGAUGAGCACGUUUGACAGCAACUAACUGUUGUCUUGAAGUUACUCUCAUGAUGACUCUGGUCACUUAGGUACAGGUACUUAAAGGAAAAUACAACUCAAUCUAUCUUUUGGUAUACGUUUCAUUAGUUCACUGUUGAUACAGUCCCAAAAUGUUUUGCAUGUCAGAAAUCAAGUUUUCAAGAUAUAGAACUUUCAAAAUACAGAAAGUGUCACAGUAUAAUGCGUUUUGCAUCGUUAUAUCAACAGUGGACUAAUGAAACAAAUACCAAAAGAUAGUUUUUGAUUGGCGUUUUCCUUCAAGUGAUACAUAUGAAGAGCCAAAGAGAGAUGGACAGAAGAGAGAUGGACAGUGUACCUCAGUGUUGUCCACCCACUGCUCCUAAUAUAUAUGUUGAUUAGUCAGCCUUCACAACUCUCCUUUGGGAGGAGUAAAUUAUCCCUUUCAAAGCACAUGGAGGAGGAGGUCAGAGGUCAGAGACCUUGGAAGAGGAUGUGAAGAAUUGAGGAAACAAGGACGGGAAGAAUCGGGGAGAAUCUCAAUUGCAUACUCCUCUCUCCUCGCCUCCUCAAACCCCAUUGGUGGAGAAGGUCAGAGAGGAUGGACCUCUGAAAUGCAUGAGGGGGAGUGAACAAGUGUAAACAUUUGGAGAAGGACAGAGAAUCAGAACGCAGCCCUUGGGAGAAUCUCAAUUGCAUAUACUCCUCGCGUCCUCUCUCCACCUCCUUCUCAAUAGCCAUUGGAUUGGUUCAAGUAUUCCUCACACCAGUCCAUUCCUUUUAAAUCCAUGAGGGGGAGUGUACAAGUGCACACUUCAGGAGUAGGGUAGAGAAUCCAAGGUUUUGACAGCUUGUACACUUUUCAGGCAGAGCUAUUGUGCAACAACCUACUGAGUUUUCUCACUUCAUUCUACAGUAGAUCUCCUUUUUCCUCACAGGUCUUCUCUCUUCUCCUUUCUCUUUAAGGACUUCAGGAAGCUUGUAAAGAGGGAGGAGAGGCCAAUCCUCAUGAUGUUCUACGCCCCAUGUGAGGAGUCACACACACACACACAGACUCCUAAUAUAAUUUGUUUACCUCUUGAUAAGAACUCCUACCGAAGCAAUUUAGAGAAGUCGGGAUAAGAGUAAAUAGCUUCUAUUGGUAGAUAAUCUUUAAUGACUUGCAUAGAAUAUACAGCACGUCAUCAGAAGACUCUUUGAAGAUGGGAAAUGAAACUUAGGGUGCAUCCCAAAUGGUACCCUAUGCCCUGCAUAGUGCACUACUUUUGACCAGAGUCCUAUGGGUCCUGGUCAAAAGUACUCUGCCAUUCUGGCUUCUCAUUGAUUUAUCCUAUUCCCCUUACUACCAGACUCUGCCAUUCUGGCUUCUCAUUGAUUUAUCCUAUUCCCUUAUUACCAGACUCUGCCAUUCUGGCUUCUCAUUGAUUUAUCCUAUUCCCUUAUUACCAGACUCUGCCAUUCUGGCUUCUCAUUGAUUUAUCCUAUUCCCCUUACUACCAGACUCUGCCAUUCUGGCUUCUCAUUGAUUUAUCCUAUUCCCCUUACUACCAGACUCUGCCAUUCUGGCUUCUCAUUGAUUUUGAUAAUCAGGUAUUUAUUGAAUAAAAUAAUUCAUGAAAUGUGCAACCACGUUCCUCCGGCCAAGUUGGAAGCUCUAGAUAGUUUUCUUUUUACGUUAAACUUUACAAUUUAUAUCCAGCCUUUUCAUUAAAAUGCAUGGUUUUUAUAGCAUUUCGCUGGAGAGGAUUAAUACUUCACGAUGGGCCAUUUCUAGUUGUAUAACGGAAAAGCACUGUGUCCUUGGAAUGAAUGGUCAUGUUGCAGUAGUUUGUUCUUUCAAUCGUUAUUGGUUGUAUAAUCUAGAUACAUCAUGCACUACAAAGUUCUAUUCAUAUUCUAUUGGUCCCUUGAUAGAAUGAUAAAACAAUGGAAAUCUUCUUGUUUAGUAUGUUGAUUGAGAGCGACUGAGUGAUGAGUCGGUGUGCUUCUGUAACGUCUCAUGUUCUUCCUGUUACAGGGUGUGGUGUCUGCAAGAGGAUGCAGCCCGUAUUUCAACAGGCAGCUACAGAGACCAAGGGUCAAUUUGUAAGUAAAAUCUUCUCACAUUGUCAUUGCAUAAAAUCCUAACACUCUGUCGCCUGCUUUGUCUCUAAGUGUGCUUUUGGGUUAGUUGUCUAGUGGUUAAGUCCCAAAACAUUCCCAUUCUCAGUUCAAAUCUGUUCAUCAGGUCAAAUUAAUAAUCCUAUUAAAUUGCUUGCCGUGCUAGAUCAUACGAUAUACCCAGUCCAUCCCUCUCCUUGAUAUAAAUGUAUUAUGAAUGCACUGAAGAUCUAAUUUAACCAUGAUCACUUAAUAGUUCAAGUUGCGCUAUGCGGAAAUCGCUCCGCCAUUUCCUGGUUGCUAAAACUCUAAUAGUUCGCCUAAUUUCAGUUUAUGUGACAAAAUAGGCUAGUAUAGUGUAGAGAAUCAUUGUACCAUCUAAACCGAUGUGAAAUAUAUUUUCCAUAACCAAGAAUAUUGUUGUUUCAGCUGUUUGAAGCUGGUGUACAAUACCGAAAGUAUAGACGCAAAAACAAAACUGAAUAACGGGAAGCAUAGAAAUAGCGCACAUAGAACAAAUCUAGCGCGUCUUUGACUUGCUUUCAAGUAGAAUGAUAGAUCUAUAACUCAUAUUUCUAUGUGAAUUUUGGUCGGGUCACCCAAAAAGUUACAUAUUGCCACUUUAGUAUCCCCACAGCCACAAUUAUGGGAUCAUCUCCCUGCAGUUGAAGUCUCCAGUCUCUGUAUGGGUUAUAUACCAGUUUAGACUGCAGAUCAUUUGUGUUUGUUGCCUGGUUUCCUCUCCCUACCUCCACCACAAACACAUACACUGAAAACAAAAUACAAAUAGUACAAUGGAAGUCUUAAAGCAGCAAUCUGCGGUUUGAAGAAUAACCAAGGUCAACCCCACCAAUGAUUUGGUAGAAAGCUGAGGGAUGGGGCUAGAGAAAUGUAACCACUCUCCAAUUUGCAGCCAGAGCUAUGGAUGCAAGGACUGACCAUCCAUGAUAUCAAGAUUAUAGUUUAACCAUGUUUUGAGGCUAUACAGUGUUUGUUUACAUUUACAUUGUUUACAAACAGAGGAGUUAAAACAAGCUUAUAUGUUGGGUUCUGAUGGGGUACGACAGUUGAAGUAAGCUCAAGCUCAAGUUAUUUUAUUCAAUAAUUGGUUUAAUUGUUUUUAAAGUCUAAAAAUGAAUGUAGCAACUGCAACAGAUUGCCCCUUUUUAAAAACAGGUUACAGAUGAGAUUUCAACGCUAGAUGGAGUUUGGUUAAAGUAAAACACCUCUAGCUCAACAACAAGAAAGUAGACUAGAGAGUCAACCAAUGAUCAAUAUCACACAGGAGAAACCCUCAUGUGACCACCUAGGAAAACAAAGACAGCGUGUUCAUAACAAACACUCAUCUUCAAGCACAGAAGAGGCAUAGUAUAGUAGAGACACUCUGAGGGAAGAAAAUAAACCCGGCUACCGCUUAGAAACACACCUACUGUAGCUGCAUCUUUCUGUUAGGGAAAACAAUGGAAUUGCUCCAUGUGUGUUUGCCUCAUAUGGAGCAGCAUGGAAAGGAAUGGGACCUCAUUUAAGGUGUUUUUGUUUGCAUCCCAAAUGCCACCCUAUUCCCUAUCCACCCUAUUCCUUAUCCACCCUAUUCCCUAUAUUCCCUUUUUUAGUAGUGCACUAUAUAGGGAAUAGGGUGUAAUUUGGGACACAUCCUUUGUCUGAUUUCAGCUAGGCUGGCUGAUGACUGAAUAAAUAAGCCUCUCGUUUAGAGAUUUGCAUAAUGGGUCCAUUUAGCUCUCUUGUACACACAUUUGGAGUGUUCUGUUUUGGCUCUGCAAGGUGUGUGUGUGGUGUGUAUGAGGACCUGAUAGCAGAAGGAAGUAAUAGAUUUGGGAGCAUAAGCGACAGUCAGCCAAGUCAUCCAACACAUUUUCCACCGUAUCGUCACAGGUGAAGGAAGAGGAGGAGAUUUUUCUCAAAGUUUAUUUAAGUCUUCAAAAAAUAAUAAGAGCGUACAAAUCAAGUCGACACCAAAGUCAUGAAACAUUCACAUUAUGAAGGUAGGGAACCUCACAGAUUGAAAUUGAUUUGACAGAUGCUUUGAGCUUUUUGAAUUGCCCUUUGAAAAGCCAACCAAGAUAGAUAGAACAAAUUACUAUGCAAAGUUCAUUGUCCCCUUCGUCAUACAUCCUGUUUUCAUGUCUCGUUCUGUUUACAUGGUUUCCCCUCAUUUGAGUCUCCUUUGAGUCAUUCAUCUUCAUUUAGUGGAGCUUUUUUUGGUGCUUCUCUAAUGAACUAACCUGUUGUGAUGUGAUGCUUUCAAAUAAAUUCUGUGUGCGUGUGCUCUCUGUGUGUCUGGUCUCUAGGUGUUGGCUGGGAUGAACGUGCACCCAGCCGAGUUUGACGGCCUCAAGCAGGAGUACAACGUCAAAGGCUACCCCACCUUCUGUUACUUUGAGUGAGUCUCAUCUCGCUCAUCCGUCUUACUUUAAGCUACACACACACACACACAACUCACAAUAUCGUACUUUUUGGAGAAAUGUCCUCAGGUCUGAUGAAACAAAAAUAGAACUGUUUGGCCAUAAUGACCAUCGUUAUGUUUGGAGGAAAAAGCAACAUCUCAAGACAUCAGUCAGGAAGUUAAAACUUGGUCGCAAAUGGGUCUUCCAAAUGGACAAUGACCCCAAGCAUACUUCCAAAGUUGUGGCAAAAUGGCUUAAGGACAACAAAGUCAAGGUAUUGGAGUGGCCAUCACAAAGCCCUGACCUCAAUUCUAUAGAACAUUUGUGGGCAGAACUGAAAAAGCAUGUGCGAGCAAGGAGGCCUAUAAACCUGACUCAGUUACACCAGCUCUGUCAGGAGGAAUGGGCCGAAAUUCACCCAACUUAUGUUCCCAGAUCCCUACAGAUCAGUGACGGUUACAAAAGACCAUGAUCUGCAGGCAUUAGGUUCAGCUGGGGCAGCUAGUGCUAGUCCUACUGCUCACCACCGCCACCGAUUCGUUUCAGUCUCGGGACACAUGCAGGAGAUCAGGGAAGAUGAAGUUAGUACAUGAGGAUCUGUUUCCGUCUGGGAAGACCCCCCCAAGAUAUGUUAUUUUACAAGAUGUGCUCUAAUUAUUGGUUGGCUACAUUUUAGGAAGAGGAAACCUAGGCAUGUUAAUAUAUUGUUUUUAGCUUUUUUUCACAACAUUUCCUUUGUUUCCUUUCCACUUUCCGCAACAGUGACUCAGCUCUCUCUGAUGUACUGUAAAUCUCUGAUGUACUGUAUUUGUCUGAUGUACUGUAAAUCUCUGAUGUACUGUAUAUAUUUCUGAGGAAACUGUAUAUCCUCUGUGGGACGGCUGGUAGCCUAGCGGUUAGAGAGGCAAGCCAGCGACCAGAGGGUUGCCAGUUCGAAUCCCUUGUCCGACGGGAAAAACCUGUCGGGAAGUGAGCUGGCAAUCGAAGGGUUGCUGGUAUCAAGUCCUAGAUGCCAUUGCCUACCGUUGUGCCCCCCCACAACAACAGCUCCCCGGACCUCUCCAAAAAAAGCUGUGUAUAUGUGUCUUUCGUAGGGAUUGAGAUAAAAGCGGAAGUCAAAUUUCGGUUGGACCUUUUGUGCAAUUGACCAAUAAAGUGAUCUGAAUCUUAAUAAAAUGCACUUUCAUAGAGAUCACCUCUUUCAGUGUUGUCAAAAGUAGGUUCCAUUGGGGCCUCCCGAGUGGUGCAGCGGUCUAAGUUCGAUCCCAGGCUGUGUCGCAGCCGACCGCGACCGGGAGACCCAUGAGGCAGCGCCCAAUUGGCCCAGCGUCGUCCUGGUUAGGGGAGGGUUUGUCCUUGUCCCAUCGCGCUCUAGCGACUCCUUGUGGCGGGCCGGGUGCAUGCACGCUGACUUCAGUCGCCAGAUGUACAGUGUUUCCUCUGACACAUUGGUGCGGCUGGCUUCCGGGUUAAGCGAGCAGUGUGUCAAGAAGCAGUGCGGCUUGGCAGGGUCGUGUUUCGGAGGACACAUGGCUCCUGACCUUCGUACGGGAGUUGCAGCGAAGGGACAAGACUGUAACUACCAAUUUGGAUAUCACGAAAAAGGGGUAAAAAGUACAACAAAAUAAAAAUAAAACAAGUCGGUUACAGUAGGUUCCAUAGUUCUUAGAAUCAGAACUCCGAACGUUGUGCAACACACGACAUGGAUUAGUGGGUUUUCUAGAUAUAGUAAUUCCUCUGGGUCAUUCUGUAGAUGUUUUAUAGCUUUCUCUGUCGCUCUCUCCCUCGCGCUCUCCCUCUCUCUACCCCUCCCUCUCUAUUUAUUUCUCUCUCUCUGUUCUGUUUCUCUGUCUGUUCUGUUUCUCUCUCUCUGUUCUGUUUCUCUCUGUCUUUAGGAAGGGGAAGUUCCUGCACCACUAUGAAAACUACGGAGGUACAGCCAAGGACAUCGCUGACUGGAUGAAGAAGUGAGCGUUUAACCAUUUCCUUCCUGCCUUCCUUCUGACUCUAUCACUUUCCCCUUGUAAAAUAGAGUCAGGAGAUGUUCCUGAUCACUGGUUUGGGACCUGAUGUCGGAAAAGCUCUGUGGCCUAUUCAUGUUCCUGUUGGGCUCAGUUGGUGUUAGCAAGGCCAAGGCAAGGCCAUUGCCACUGCCACAUGCAUAUACAAAAAAUGUGUACUGUAGUGUAACCCGCUUUAGAUAAACGUGUCAUAUUACUCCUGCGUGGAGAGUGCGUCAAAAUCCCCCGGGGUGCUCACCCCUUAAUGUCCCCAUUCACUCUACUCCCGGUUGGCUCUCUCACACUCAUUCAACUGUUCACCAUGCUCUAGUCUAUUGAAAGUGCACAGAACAGAUUUCACAGCUAUUGCAGGAAACACAGAGAGAGAGGAAACAUUGUUAUAUGGGAACAGGAACAAUGCCUCUAAGGUCGGAGAACACAGACCGUUUGAGUCUCGAGUGGCUCUCGCAGAUGCUUCAAGGCAUGACUGCUUUCCUCUCCGUGGAGUGUACUAACCACUUCGGAGACAAUCCCACGGUAUAGACCCAUAACACGUACACAAACUCUCACACACACACGCACACACACACACACUCGCACAAACACGCACACACACACACACACACCAAGCAUCUGUUCGAAGUGGUCCUGACUCAGACGCUUUCUCCAGGGCCCUGUCCAGUCCGACCCGCUAGGAGACCCGGUAGGAGACCCGCUAGGAGACCUGUAGUACUAAUAGUUAAUGAUUAGGAAGGUAACGAUUCACCGAUAUGCAUCGGUCCCGAUUCAAACGUUAUGUCUGCAUCGGUCCGCAGACCCCAAACCGAUCCAAAUGUAGCAUGCAUCAGUCAGAAAAUCGAUUCAAAUGUUACGAAUCUGCGAUUAACUUUUUUUGUUGUUGCUCAUAUUGCUUUCUUUCUACCUUCCAAAAAUACCUCUAAUCUUUUGUCAACUGAUGCGUCCUUUCGUUCAGUGUUGAACUAAGCAUGUAACUGUGUUGACAGUCAUUGAACUACAAGUAAUUUUGCAUGCCAAACAACUCCAGGGAAUAUCAAUAGCCUAGUCAAACUGCGCACUGUGCCCAGCUUCGCUCGCUGAUCUUGCACAUCUGUGCGGCACCUUCAGCAUUCAAAUGCUAAAUUGCCGAUAUUAAGCUUUAUUAGUUGUGUGACAACGUAUGUAAUUUGCUAGGCUAUUGCUAUCUACAAUAUGUGCUGUUGAAAAUGUGUGUUUUACCUAAAUAAAAGUAAGCUACUGGAGACAGCUCUCAUCUGGCUAUAGGCUACAGGCUACCUGCUGAACGGGGCGUACAAUAGAUUUUAUUCUGAUUGUUCCGGUUCACCAUCAGCAAUAGUUUUGGUAGUUUUGCUUUAAACAAUCAGUGUAUAUGGUCAUUUUUUUGUAUAUACAGGGUAAAGUCGAUCAUUUGAUAACAAGGAUAGUCAUCAUUUUGCGAGGCGCACUACAUGGCCAAAGCGGGAAGAGAAAAGCUCACUAAAAAUGUCCAAACGGUCAAAUUAUUCGAUUUUGAGAUGGGGGUGAAAUCCACAUUCGUGCUAUAUCUAUUAAUUGGCUAUGUCAUAGCUAAUUUGUACACAAUAAAUAUAAAGCUAUAUAUACAUUGGCAAUGUCACAGUAAAUAUUAAUACAUUACUAGCUCAAACACUUAAUCUGCAAAAACGAUAAGUUAAUUAGUGGGUGAUGGUGAUUUCAGAACCAUAGUGGGUGGACAGAAAAACAGGCUACACUGGAUGGUGUGUGUGUGUGUGUGUGUGUGUGUGUGUGUGUGUGUGUGUGUGUGUGUGUGUGUGUGUGUGUGUGUGUGUGUGUGUGUGUGUGUGUGUGUGUGGGGCUCUACUUGGUCUUGGCAGUGCUAGGGAGGGCUCUGUCAUACGGGUGUGACCACUACAGGCCAGAUGUAGCUGAUGUGAGGUGGAGUAUGAGCUAUAGCUAGGUCUGCCUCCAUAACAGACAUGCUUUAACUCACUUCUCUGCUCUUUUAAAUGUCUCUCCUCCCUUCUCUCUCUCUCUCCCCCUUUCCCUUAUAGCUUUCCCCCUCUCACUUUCACUCCCACCCCACCCCCCUCUCACCUGUCUCUCUCUCCCCCUCCAGUCCCCAGCCCCCCCAGCCGAAGGCCCCAGAGGUCCAAUGGUCGGAGACUGACUCCCCCGUCUUCCACCUGACUGAUGACUCCUUCGAUGGGUUCCUGGAGGAACACCCGUCUGCCCUGGUCAUGUUCUAUGCCCCGUGUAAGUAACACACACAAAUACACACAAUGAGUAGCCUAUCAUAUACACACACACUCUCUCACACACUCAGGGGAACAGGCUAUGAUGACAUCAUAAGGCUACUUAUGCAAUAGAUUGCUAUUGUUACAAAGACAUUAUUAAAGUGCCACAGUUAAAAUCUUUAGUUGGUUCGAUUUCCAUUUCAAAACCGUUCUCAGCUUCUUCCAAAACGAAUGUGAUCUCUGUGAGGAGAGAAGCAGGGAAAUGUCAGGGGGAUGUUUUGACAGAGUUGAAAAGUAGUGCUGCUGUCAAAACGCACUGUAUCACUUCAAAAGCAUGCAAAUGCAUGCACAUAUCGAAACGCAUUUUGGAAUGCAACAUUACAUGCACUGUUACACUCUGAAUCUGUAUGAAGACACACCUCCCGUGUCACCCUCCCUGGGACCCACCUGUAGUAAAUAAAGGGCCAUGGCUCACUGGGGGUAAAAGUCCCAUUAUAAGGCUCCUUGUUACAACACAUGAGGCUGCUAGACCAACCCACCCUCGCCACAUGGUGCCCUGCCUCUCACAAUGGGCAGCCUUGCUGACACUCUUCACUGGGCACUGCUGUGGCCACUCACUGAGAAGCCCAAGCCAAGAGCAGUCAGCUGAUAUAAGCAUAUCAGGCAUUUCAGCAGCUUGUACACAUUCACACACACACACAAGCCCUCCCUAGCACUGCCAAGACCAAAUGAAGACACACACACACUGCAGUUUCUUAAUGGGCCACCUGUCAUUGUGGGAGUAAUGGCCUCAUGGUCAAGAGCAUCAGCUUUUAUUUUUGUCCAGCUCUUACCGAGAUGUUUCCUAUCCUAUGUCUGCUGCUCCCUCCCUCCCUCCACACUGUGGCUGGUUCAGUUGUCUGUGUGCAGCUGUAGAUGCAGUAUGUAUAGACCCCAAAUUAAUGUCUGUGAAUGGCUGAGGUAAACAAAAGGAUCUGGCAUAUUACCCAGCAUCCUCUAGUCUAUUCAGACCGGUGAUAGAGAGGAGAUGCGGCCAGCCGCACACUGAAGCAGCCUUAUUUUAAUACCCACGAAGCCCUUGUCUCUCCAACUCUCCAACAGAAAUAAACACACACACUCCCCUGCUGUGAAUCAGCAACAUUACAUCUAGCUUAACUCCCCUGCUGUGAAUCAGCAACAUUACAUCUAGCUUAACUCUCCUCCUUCCCCAGACACUAAAUGAAGGUGAUGGCACCAGUAGAGUGGAGAUGAUGCAGAGGAUAGAAUAAUAUACUAUUUUAUUCCUCUGUCUCCCUCUUUUACACUCCUCUUUUUACAAAAGAUUUCUACAAAAUAUAAAAAUGAAUACAUAUUUUGAGUGCAGCAGUGUGUUGUAUUAAUUUUGAAUAUAUUACAGAUGUUGCUGAUUAAGGACAGUAUUCACAGCUGUUUUUGAAUAUGGCGGUGUGCCAACUAAAGAUCUUGCAGUUGCAUCCAACCAUGCACAACAAUGUGGUAUAAGAGGGAUACACAUACACUCUGCUCUUCAAAGAGCAUCGACUACUCUUUACAACAAAACAUCUAGUGGAUGCUUGGUACAAAUAUUGAGUUCAGUCUGAUAGUUGUUUAAAAAUAAGAUGCAUUGCUGCAGAGCUCGUACAUUUUAAAGUUAAACACAGCAUUUAUUCAUGACGCUGGAAUUCGGUGUCACAGCCCUGUUGGCAAGCAAGUCAAGCUUACACACACACACACAGUCCACCCAGCUAGUUCUUCCACUGUAUGGGAACACUAGUCCUCUCGCCCUCUCACGUCCCCAGCCCUGCUAUGUCACUGUGGUCUCUGUUAAACUGUCUUCUCUCCUGUCACACUGGCUACAGGUUGCGCAACGCAAUACUAGGAAGGUGUUCUUAAAGUAUUGUACACUCAGUGUACAUUUUUAUAUAGUAAAACUGCCAGUGUUAAGUUGAAAACCAUUGGGGGGAACCGAGAAGAAUUCCCUGCAGUUUAUUUUAAUGUUACUUGGAUGAGACACUACUGAGAAUGUAAUGUUGUGAAUGGCUUGAUUCAUUCAAUUGAGGCACUUGGUUGGUUCUAUUAAGGCCAUUUACUUAUAAUGUGAUUAUGGGUAAGUAUGGUGAGAAUCCCUAACACUAGCGUUAGCUCAUCGUAGCUCGGCUUGUCAUGUCUGUUUAUGUUCGUUAAGUCAUCGUCGCUCAGCUAGUCAGGUCUGUUUGUGUAUUCACCUGCAGGGUGUGGCCAUUGUAAGAAGAUGAAGCCAGAGUAUGAUGAAGCUGCUGAAUACCUCAACAAAGACAAAAAUGUAAGUACAAUGAUGGUGUAUGUAACAGGGUGCUUUUGAUGCGUGAAUGUGUUUGCAUGCAACAGAGUGCUUGUGUUAUUUCUGUGUGUUUUAAAUAUAUGUGCAUACUUAUGUUGAAGCCUUGCAACACCACGCUGUGAAACUAAUUUAUUCCAAACCCAGCUGUGAGGAAUGUACUGUCUGAACAUCAGAACAUAAACCCCACUUGGCCUUGUACUUGGCUGGUGCAGUCGGACACACUGGACUCACUGGCUGCCAGAGCUCCUUAUGUGUUUCUGAUUAGCAGGGUGUGUCUGUCCUCACCACUAUGGUAAUGCUGCACUCCCCAGCCCUGAGCCAGAGCCCAGAGCCAAUAAAAAUCACCAGAGAUUGCCUCAUGAUUGGAGCAAUUAUCUCAUCCCUCCCUGUGCCGUCCCCGUGCAGCGGCCUUCCUGGAGAUCUGCAGCUUGGAUCCGCUCUGUUCUCCUGUCCUCCCCCCCUUCCCUUCCUCCUCCCCUCCUCUCCUCUCCUCAGCUCCCUGCCCAGACCCAGUGCUUGGAGGUCAAUGGGAAGAGCUCCCACAUUACCUAAUGCGGAUGUGCUGCCUGAGGCCUUACUACUUACACCCUGAGCCCAGGAGACCCCUGAAGUCAUCUAUUUUUCUCCUUCUACUUGUGACUUCUUUAUAUAGAAGUACAUAGAAAUGAAAAGGUGUAUUUUUCAGUGUUUUUAUUCGGCCUGUAUUGAAAUACCUCGUUAUAGAGAGGGGUCAACUGGGGUUUUGGAAUUUGGCAGCUAUAUGAGUAAGUGUUUUUUUUAUUUUACCUCUAAAAUAAUCUUCCAAAAGUGUUUAGAACUUGUUUUUUUAAAUCUCUCCUGAAAGUUAUUUAGAAGCUGUUGUUUUGUUUGGUGCACUGCAAACUUUGGGGACACACUCUUUACACGCCAUUUCUCCCGGUGGGCGGUGCUAUAUGUCAGUGGGUGUGGGUUUCAAAGUGCAAGUACUGUUCGAUGCGCGUCCACGUUCAACCGAAAACCCUCCGCCUGGGACCUCAUUCAUAAAUUAAGCUAUAGUGGAUUUAUACUUUCUAGUUUACAAUUGCACUUUUAUAUUUGUAGAUAAUUUAGCUUAUUUGAGCUAACGUUAGCUACUGUAGCUACCAAUUGGCUGGAACAGUUUUCCCAAACAUGAACAAUGUGUCAAGUUUUGCUUGCUAGCCAACCAACAACGUAAAUGCCGCUAUCAAGCCAAUCUACUAAACUCGCCUGAAUGAAAUACAGUGGGGAGAACAAGUAUUUGAUACACUGCCGAUUUUGCAGGUUUUCCUACUUACAAAGCAUGUAGAGGUCUGUAAUUUUUAUCAUAUGUACACUUCAACUGUGUGAGACGGAAUCUAAAACAAAAAUCCAGAAAAUCACAUUGUAUGAUUUUUAAGUAAUUCAUUUGCAUUUUAUUGCAUGACAUAAGUAUUUGAUCACCUACCAACCAGUAAGAAUUCCGGCUCUCACAAACCUGUUAGUUUUUCUUUAAGAAGCCCUCCUGUUCUCCACUCAUUACCUGUAUUAACUGCACCUGUUUGAACUCGUUACCUGUAUAAAAGACACCUGUCCACACACUCAAUCAAACAGACUCCAACCUCUCCACAAUGGACAAGACAAGAGAGCUGUGUAAGGACUUCAGGGAUAAAAUUGUAGACCUGCACAAGGCUGGGAUGGGCUACAGGACAAUAGGCAAGCAGCUUGGUGAGAAGGCAACAACUGUUGGUGCAAUUAUUAGAAAAUGGUUCAAGAUGACGGUCAAUCACCCUCGGUCUGGGGCUCCAUGCAAGAUCUCACCUCGUGGGGCAUCAAUGAUCAUGAGGAAGGUGAGGGAUCAGCCCAGAACUACACGGCAGGACCUGGUCAAUGACCUGAAGAAAGCUGGGACCACAGUCUCAAAGAAAACCAUUAGUAACACACUACGCCGUCAUGGAUUAAAAUCCUGCAGCGCACGCAAGGUCCCCCUGCUCAAGCCAGUGCAUGUCCAGGCCCGUCUGAAGUUUGCCAAUGACCAUCUGGAUGAUCCAGAGGAGGAAUGGGAGAAGGUCAUGUGGUCUGAUGAGACAAAAAUAUAGCUUUUUGGUCUAAACUCCACUCGCCGUGUUUGGAGGAAGAAGAAGGAUGAGUACAACCCCAAGAACACCAUCCCAACCGUGAAGCAUGGAGGUGGAAACAUCAUUCUUUGGGGAUGCUUUUCUGCAAAGGGGACAGGACGACUGCACCGUAUUGAGGGGAGGAUGGAUGGGGCCAUGUAUCGCGAGAUCUUGGCCAACAACCUCCUUCCCUCAGUAAGAGCAUUGAAGAUGGGUCGUGGCUGGGUCUUCCAGCAUGACAACGACCAGAAACACACAGCCAGGGCAACUAAGGAGUGGCUCCGUAAGAAGCAUCUCAAGGUCCUGGAGUGGCCUAGCCAGUCUCCAGACCUGAACCCAAUAGAACAUCUUUGGAGGGAGCUGAAAGUCCGUAUUGCCCAGCGACAGCCCCGAAACCUGUAGGAUCUGGAGAAGGUCUGUAUGGAGGAGUGGGCCAAAAUCCCUGCUGCAGUGUGUGCAAACCUGGUCAAGACCUACAGGAAACGUAUGAUCUCUGUACCAAAUAUUAAGUUCUGCUUUUCUGAUGUAUCAAAUACUUAUGUCAUGCAAUAAAAUGCAAAUUAAUUACUUAAAAAUCAUACAAUGUGAUUUUCUCUCACAGUUGAAGUGUACCUAUGAUAAAAAUUACAGACCUACAUGCUUUGUAAGUAGGAAAACCUGCAAAAUCGACAGUGUAUCAAAUACUUGUUCUCCCCACUGUAUAUGAAACUGAUCAUGACUAGAUUUAAUCUCGUUUCACUGCGAUUGGUUAGUCAACAUGCAAUAAUACCUGUCUACUGUCAAUCCCUGAGAUUAAUUAUUUUCAUUGCUGGCUUCAAUAAAAACUGUUAAUCUGAUCAAUAUUUUUAUUUGUUAGAGGGCCUAUACAUGACGCUAACGUUACCAUACUAUCCUGGAGGCGUACUUACCCACCCAGGAUCAUUACUUUUGCGAGUAUAAUAUCUCUCAACUUUAAACAAUGUGAAAUUUGAAUACAAAAUCAUUUGAUUAGCUUUCUUUUCUGCGGCUGCAUGAAAUGGCAAACAUAACGCGAAUUCAGCGAUUCCAUUUGUUUACUUCAUCUUUGUGGCUCCCUGAUGAAACGGUAACAUCCAUUACUUAGGUUUAGCCAACCGGUACUCUAUGGCUUAGCGGUGUGUUCAAUAGAUUCCACGAUCCGGACUGCUUGGCUCGUUCUCGUCACUGUGCACCCCUGUGCUCCCACUGUGACUUUUAUAGCAGAACCACCCACCGGGCGAAAUGCGGUGAAAAGAAUGCGUCCCGUAAACUCUGUGUGCGCCCACGUUUCUAUAGUGGUUUUGCUUUAUUCUCACUGAACCCAUCAACUAUCACUGGGCUGAGUUAGCCUUAAGGGUUGUGAUCCAGUCAGAACUAGCUGAUCUAUGAUGUGAUGACAGUGUUGUAUCCUGACCUGAUUCUUCUUGUUGCUUUAGAGCCCUGGAGUUCUGGCAGCCGUGGACACCACCAUACACAAGGCAGUGGGAGAGCGCUUCAAGAUCUCUGGCUUCCCCACCGUCAAGUACUUUGAGAAGGGAGAGGAGAAGUUUACGCUACCCCACCUCAGGAGUAAGGACAAGAUCAUAGAGUUUCUACAGAAGUGAGCCAUGAUCUUUAACUUUUUUCUGACUUUCUAUAAUCCAGGGUCAACAUAUCAGCACAGGAUUAGUGUUAUAUGUAGAUCAGUGGGCUUCAACUCAGGCAGUGGUGUGUAUCAUACCUCAUCAACAUGUCUGGUUGUGUUAUACCAGCCCCCAGGCGCCCCCUCCCCCAGAGCAGUCCUGGGAAGACAAGCCGUCCAGCGUCAGCCAUCUAGGAAUGGAGGACUUCAGGGAAGCGCUGAAGAAGAAGAAGCAUGCCCUCGUCAUGUUUUACGCACCAUGUAAGUGUAACCAGUGGGAAUUGAACCCGGGUCUCUCGUUCGCCAACACAACGUCUCAACCAUUAGACCAAGUGAUCAUCCUAAAGGUCUGAGGUUGAUAGUUGGGCUGUCAGGUCUCAGGCUGAUAGUUGGGCUGUCAGGUCUCAGGCUGGGCUACCUCAUCAUGAGUUCAGUUCCAAAUAACCUCCAGUCACAUCACCAUUUAAGCACCCUGCCGGCCAGACAACAACAACAACACUGCUCAACUUGUUGACGUCCAAUAUAACUACAUUUGAUUUAUGAUUGAUUGGCUUUUUACACCACCAAUUUUUGAUGACCUAUGUUCCCCAGGGAACAAACGGAUUUAAGUCAGGUUUUACACCACCAAUACAUAAAUCUAGCCUUUUCUCUGCCAAGAUCUGCCAUCAUCUGGUUUAACUACACCUAAGCUGUGAAGGGACCGGAAAAUGACAGAAUGCCCAAAAUAGACUUGUAGUGCUAGAGGGGGGAAAGUUGUAGAUGGCAUUGACAGGUCCAUCACCCAAUACAGCAUCUCAAUAUCCUUUCACUGGGCAUACACAGACACACACCCUUCCAGUUGAUGCAGGACAGGUUCAUGUGAUGAACCGACUCACAAGCAGCCCUGAAGUCACUGUCUGAUAAGAGCCUUCAAAGACUCUGCACAUCACUGCACCUUCCGUCUUCCUCUUAGUUAACAUGAAGCAAAACAACUCCUAAAUGCCUUUAGUUUUUUUCCUUUACAAGGCAGAACAAGGCAAUAACAACCUUCUCUUUUUCUUCCUCUGCUCAAAGGCUGAGUCCCAAAUGGCAGCCAACAGGGAGGAAGGAGGGUUCCAUUUGGGAUGCAGGCAAAGUUGUCUAAUCCUCUGUGUAACAUCUGCUGAUUAGGGGCUUUGAGAGAUCAAACUAAUCGCUAACACGUGAAGACUCUCUAAUCAAAUGCCUUCAGAUAAUAUGUUAACUGUUACCUAAAGGAGGUCUUCCGUCUGUCUUCUAAGUUCCAGCCUCCGCUUCGUCAGAUCUUCUUCUGAACUAAACUGCCGCCUCUACACAUAUGUCAGGGAGGGUAACGUUACCUCCACCUAUCCCCAGGAAAUUCCAGCUAAUUAACGUUUAUGUUGCACUUCACGAAAUGCUUGUUUGUAUCGUACCUAUUAAGCUAAUUAGUGGGGAAAGAUUCUAAUUUACAACACAAAUGCUUAAGGGUGAUUUCAUUGAGUACCGAAAGCUAUAUUUGAAUUGUCACUUUCAGGUGUGAAGUGUAGACUCAAAAUAAUUGGUAUAUUGGAGAGAUAACGCACAUACAGAGGAUAUACUAUAUUUCUGCCACCAAUUACAGAAGAAGAUUCAACAGAUAUCACAUUCUUCUACUAUGAAAUGAAAACUGGAAAAUCGAAGUAGAACGCUUGCUGUGGCACCCUGUAGUUCUGUUCUUGAAUGUCAAUGAUUACUGUACGUGAAAGGGACUGAGAAUUACUGAGGAGGCUUUCACAAGAAAAGGAGAGGGUUUUCAUGUGACAGUAAUCAUUUCUAGUCACUUUUCAGCAGAAACGUUAGCUAAGUGGACAGCUUGUCAGACAGACUGAACCAAACAGGAGGGCUGUGAAUGGGUUGGUGGCACACACACACCACUCCUCUCACCUGGUGUGUGUGUGUUCAGGGGGCCGGUGACAGAUAUGAAUCUCCCGAGGAAAGCGCCAGGGAGGUUUCAUUUAUGACUCCAAUAAAGGGAUUUAUACCUCCCUAUAAAAUACAAGUGCGCCAUUACUAAUGUGGGGUAAUUCUGAAAGUGACAUGCAGGGACAGGGAGUGUGUAUGUGUUGCGUGCAUUCUUGCAUGUGUGUUUUUGUGCUUUUCAGUGUGUGUGAGAGAGCAUAUGACCAUAGAUUAGACAUUUUGUGUGUUUGAAUUACAAUUCCUCCUGUUAUAAUGUAAUUGUGUGGUAUUAAUGUCAGUUGGGGUGAGCCAAAGGUCACAUUCUAGUUGGGGUGAAAUGCAGUUCACAACAUUAAAGGUCAAGGUUAUAAUACUUCUCUGCUCCCUAACAGGGUGUCCCCACUGCAAGAACGCUGUCCCUCACUUCACCACUGCAGCAGAUCUCUUUAAAGAGGAUCGCAAGGUGAGCCGUCCUCCAGCCCUUUCAUCAAUCUCACAUCUCUCUCUCUUUUCUCUUUCUCAAUGUACUGAUGAUGAUUUGCUCAUUUGCACUCCAGUAUCUCUAUUUGCACAUCAUCUCUUGCACAUCUAUCAUUCCAGUGUUAAUACUAAUUGUAAUUAUUUUGCACUAUGGCCUAUUUAUUGCCUUACCUCCAUAACUUGCUACAUUUGCACACACUGUAUAUAUAUUUUCUAUUUUCUGUUGUAUUUUUGACUAUGUUUUGUUUUACCCCAUAUGUAACUCUGUGUUGUUUUUAUCGCAUUGCUUUGCUUUAAAAUGAGAACUUGUUCUCAACUUGCUUACCUGGUUAAAUAAAGGUGAAAUAAAAAACUUAAAAAAUCAUCUGACACUACUACUCAUUUAGAUGACCCUCUCAGACACUACUACUCAUGUAGAUGACUCCUUCCCUCUCCUUUUUCAACUCUAAUACCCGCUUACUCCCUGACUCCCUAACUCCCUGACUCCCUGACUCACUCAGUCACUCUUUCCAGUGGUUAACAAGAUCCUCCCUAGCUGUCUGACUCAUCUCUGUUCUCACUCACACACACUCUCUAACUCAAACUCUGAACAACAGGGGAACGUGCUUUGCUGCACUCUCAGCAUAGCAUUGUUAAUCAUCAUAACACUCUAAAUGACCACAAACACAAAGAAGGUGAAGUGUUGUUGGUAUAAAUUACUUGAAUACAUCACACAUAAUGGUUGCGACACUCUUUCUUAAUCUAGCAAAGCUCUUUGGUAUUUGGCAUGCAUAUCUUUCAUUAUUCAUUUGGUUGGAAUGUGGAAAUCAAUCUCUGAUGCUAACAACAUUAGAAACAUUUACUAAAUCACUGAAUGCGUGAGGUAACUCCUUAUUCUGGUCUUAAUGGUGUACGUAUUGAUAUAUCAAGGGAAUAGUUGUUGUUCUUGUUCAGAAUCAGAUCUGCAUUGUGCAUUCUCAGCCCAGAAUGUGUCUGAAUGGUGAAUCUCUGCUGUGGAUAUGCACGCAGCCACGCAGCCUAGGUCCAAGAAUUUGUGUCUUUAUUCUAGACGCACGCAAAGGACCAUCACCAUCUACUGGCUCUUUGAUUAUAGCCCAGAUCCCAUUCACGGGGUGGGGUUGAAACGAGUCACUCUUAUGUGUCCGUUCCGUCACUGACACUGUCAAUAGUCCAGAGCAGAGUGGGUGUCUGUAACGCUGCUAGGCUUAAGGAUCUCCUACCUGUCAACUCUGAGUAAUCAACACUGAGAACAGAUUCAGAUGUCUGCAGGUGGGGUGUGGUGUAGCAACCUCCAUUUCACUGUCACGAUAAGAGUUUGGGGGAGAAAGCUCUGUGUAGCCAGGGCGGGCAGGAGGCAGGGAGGGAUGGUGUUGUUUUAUGAGGAGCAGGGAUGUCCGAUGCACAUAUCCACAGGAGGGACUUCUCUUAAAAACGUCCCCAGCCAGCCUCCCGAGUAGCGCUGUAGUCUAAGGCACUGCAUCACAGUGCUAGCUGUGCCACUCGAGAUCCUGGUUCGAGUCCAGGCUCUGUCGCGACUGGGAGACCCAUGGGGCGGCGCGAAAUUGGCCCAGCGUCAUCCAGGUUAGGGGAGGGUUUGGCCAGCAGGGAUGUUCUUGUCCCAUCGUGCACUAGCAACUCCGGUGGCGGGCCAGGUUCAGUGCACGCUGACACGGUCGCCAGGUGUACGGUGUUUCCUCCGACACAUUGGUGCGGUUGGCUUUCGGGUUAAGCGGGCAUUGUUUCAAGAAGCAGUGCGGCUCGGCUAGGUUGUGAUUCGGAGGAUGCACGGCUCUCGACCUUCGCCUCUCCCGAAUCCGUACGGGAGUUGCAGCGAUGGGACAAGACUGUAACUACCAAUUGGAUAUCAUGAAACUGGGGAGAAAAAGGGAGAAGGACAAUAAAGAAAGAAAGAAAACGUCCCCAGCUACUUAUCAUGCUCCUUCUGGUCUCUCUCUAUCCCUGGGCAGGGGAGGAGGUAAAGGGGUGACUGGACUGGAGUGAAAGAAGAGCAGCUCAUUCAGCCGUGCUCACUAUUUCUAGUGUAGGACGACAGUGUAAAGCAUAAGCCCCAGUCAGUGUAUUGGCACUAUGCAGGAGUGGAUGUGGAUGACAGCAUCGCCGGGGACCAGUGUCACCGUACUCGUUAGUAUCAUGACAAAGAAACAAAACACGGAGUGGAUUUAACUUCUUUAGGAAAAUGGCCAUGAUGUUGGAAACAAACAGUGUGACAUUUUGACAUUUUAGUCAUUUAGUAGACGCUCUUAUCCAGAGCGAUUUACACAUUGACAGAUUUUUCACUUAGUCAGCUCGGGGGUUCAAACCAGUGACCUUUCGGUUACUGGCCCAACGCUCUAAAAUGCUAGGCUACCUGCCGCCCCCGCAUUCUAUGUUACACGCAGCAGGUUUUUAAAGGACCAAAUAGUUUGAUCUGCUUCUUGUUUUCAUUUUAAGCCAUGGUAUGGUCACAGCCCUAUAUCAGUCUAUUGGGCAACUUCUCUGCCUCGUUUACCCAAGACAAACACCACCAGCUUAGUUCUGGCUUUGAAGAACACCCCAAUUAAACACCACAUACAGUAUUGUAUAAGAAAAUAGAGGAAAGGGAAGGAAAGAGAAGUGUAAGUGGGCUAUCAGUGUGCAUGCAGAGGCUUUGUACAAUGCAAGCAAUGUUCUUAUUUUUGUGAUUUAACUGAAUGUCAGCAUAUUCAGUUCUAUAAAAAGAGGAGGCCGGCUGGAAUCACUCGUAUCACAAAAAUUGGUGUUGUAAUGAGAACACUGUAGCGUAGUGAUUCGUGAAGCAGUGAAAUUGGCUUUUUGAUACAUCAGCCUAAUAACCUCCUUAUGCAGGGUGGAUUUUUCUGCUACACACACACGCACUGUCAUUAAUUAGUACCUCGGGUAGAUAGUCCACAAGUGAUUUUCCUACUCUGGAAGACACGCUUGUGUAACCUGAUGUGAAUACUUGCGUUAGCACCCCGAGCUAAUGCCUUCGCUUUGGCUCAGCAGGCUGACACAGUCCAAUGGCGCACAGAAGACCCAGGUUCGAACCCAGUCAGGCACACAUUGCUGCCUGCCUUGUUUAAGCACAAUGUGAAGUGUCUCUAAAGCCUUGUUCACACUGCAUGCCUUAAUGCUCAAAUCAGUUUUGUUUUUCUAAUCCGUUUUGGAAUACUUUGUCCAAACAGCAAGUUACAAGUGACCAAAUCGGAUUUGUGUGUCUUCAGAUUGUAGUAAUUUGCUGACAUGGCUACGCUAGUUGUCAUGGUAAUAAGUGUCAACACCACUUGAGGGAAAAUAAAUCAGAUUUGACCGUUAACACAAGUCACCAGGAAUCAGAUUGUUUAUCUGAUUUUAAAGCACCUAUGAAUGUGGUUUGAAAUGUGGCUUGAAAUAUCUGGUUCGUGCUUUUGGGCUGUUCAGACUGCAGGAAAAAAACGGAUUUUGAAUUGGUUAUGCAAAAAAAUUGGAUUUUAGUCACUUCAAAUUGCCAGUGUGAGCAAGGCUUUAUAGACUUCCAACUGUCCUCUACACAGUAUCUCUCAAUGCUCAUUGUUGGAGCUCUUGUGUUGUGAUCAAUGAGAUGUUGUUGGAGCUCUUAUUAACCAGAGGGGAUCAAUAACGGCAUUGACCACAAACCUUUGAAAAACAAUCCUUUUACGACAUCAUUCUCCUCAUGUCAAUUUACUGCAACUCUGAUUGAUCGGACUGGGAUGAGUAUCAGUGUGUCAGUCUGUUCUACAGUAAGUGAUGGUAUGGGGAAAAGCUACAUACUGCAUCAAACGCAUCCAGUGUUUCUAAGCAGGUGCUGGAGAUCAAAAUGUACAGUACCAGUCAAAAGUUUGGACACACCUACUCAUUCAAGGGUUUUCUUUAUUUGUACUCUAAUGAACUUAUCCUCUGCAGCAGAGGUAACCCUGGGUCUUCCUUUCCUGUGGUGGUCCUCAUGAGAGCCAGUUUCAUCAUAGCGCUUGAUGGUUUUUGCGACUGCACUUGAAGAAACUUUCAAAGUUCUUGAGAUUUUCUGGAUUGACUGACUUUCAUGUCUUAAAGUAAUGGACUGUCAUUUCUCUUUGCUUAUUUGAGCUGUUCUUGCCAUAAUAUGGACUUGGUCUUUUACCAAAUAGGGCCAUCUUCUGUAUACCAACCCUACCUUGUCACAACACAACUGAUUGGCUCAAACGCAUUAAGAAGGAUAGAGAUUCCACAAAUUAACUUUUAAGAAGGCACACCUGUUAAUUGAAAUGCAUUCUAGGUGACUACCUCAUGAAGCUGGUUGAGAGAAUGCCAAGAGUGUGCAAAGCUGUCAUCAAGGCAAAGGGUGGCUACUUUGAAGAAUCUAAAAUAUAUUUUGAUUUGUUUAACACGUUUUUGGUUAGUACAUGAUUCCAUAUGUGUUAUUUCAUAGUUUUGUUGUGUUCACUAUUAUUCUACAAUGUAGAAAAUAGUAAAAAUAAAGAAAAACCCUUGAAUGAGUAGGUGUGUCCAAACUUUUGACUGGGACUGUAUAUAUUCAUCAAAAUGGUCAAAGACACAUACUUGUUGUAUGUUCCUAUGUGUUUUGUUUACAAAGUUUCAACCUUUUCGUCUUAAAACAUAAUCUAGGUCAGUGGUUCCCAACUCCAGUCCUCGAGUACCUUCCAACAGCACACAUUUUUGUUGUAGCCCCAGACAAAAAAACACCUGAUUCAGCUCAUUGAGGGCCUGAUGAUUAGUUGAAAGGUUGAAUCCAGUGUGCUUGUCCGGGGCUACAAUAUAAAUGUGUACUGUUGGGAGUACUGCAGGACUGGAGUUGGGAAACACUGAGCUAACUUGCAGUGUGCAGACCCAGUAUCUUAGGCCUACCUUCUGCUGUAAAAUACCCCUUUGAUGUUCAAAAUAGCAAAAGACAGUAUCUCUCUGAUCCGGAAUUAAAGACUGACCAUGUUCCAUCUCUGUCAGAUAGUGUCAUGCCCUGACCUGGAGAGACUGUUAUUCUCUACGUAGUUUGGUCAGGGUGUGAAAGUCUAGGUUUUGUAUUUCUAUGUUUGGCCGGGUGUGGUUCCCAAUCAGAGGCAGCUGUCGCUUGUUGUCUCUGAUUGGGGAUCAUACUUAGGCAGCCAGUUUUCCUGCCUGGGUUGUGGGAUCUUGUUUGUGUUUGGCUUGUUUGUGUAUAGCCUUCCGACGUCACGUUUUGUUGCCUUUUGUUGUUUUGUACGUGUUUAUCCAGUUUAAUAAACAUGUUCGCAAACCACGAUGCACCUUGGUCUGACCCGUCUCUCAACGAUCGUGACAGAUAGCUCAUGUUCCCAGGUUCCUUAUUGGCAUGCUGACACACACAGCAAUCUAAGAAAUGUUUAACCAUUCAUAAAUAAUUGGUCAUUUAGCAGACGCUCUUAUACAGAGCGACUUACAGGAGCAAUCUAGUGGUGCGGGGGCUGUGCUUUGGCAGAGUGGGUGGGGUUAUAUCCUUCCUGUUUGGCCCUGUCCGGGGGUUUCUUCGGAUGGGGCCACAGUGUCUCCGGACCGCUCCUGUCUCAGCCUCCAGUAUUUAUGCUGCAGUAGUUUAUGUGUCGGGGGGCUGGGGUUAGUUGGUUAUACCUGGAGUACUUCUCCUGUCUUAUCCAGUGUCCUGUGUGAAUUUAAGUAUGCUCUCUCUAAUUCUCUCGUUCUCUCUUUCUCUCUGAGAACCUGAGCCCUAGGACCAUACGUCAGGACUACCGGGCAUGAUGACACCUUGCUGUCCCCAGUCCGCCUGGCCUUGCUGCUAUUCCAGUUUCAACUGUUCUGCCUGCGGUUACGAAACCCCUACCUGUCCCAGACCUGCUGUUUUCAACUCUUAAUGAUCGGCUAUGAAAAGCCAACUGAGAGACCUGAGCCCUAGGACCAUACGUCGGGACUACCGGCCGUGGUGACUCCUUGCUGUCCCCAGUCCGCCUGGCCUUGCUGCUAUUCCAGUUUCAACUGUUCUGCCUGCGGUUAUGGAACCCCUACCUGUCCCAGACCUGCUGUUUUCAACUCUUAAUGAUCGGCUAUGAAAAGCCAACUGAGAUUUAUUCCUGAUUAUUAUUUGACCAUGCUUGUCACUUAUGAACAUUUUUUAACAUCUUGGCAUGGUUCUGUUAUAAUCUCCACCCGGCACAGCCAGAAGAGGACUGGCCACCCCUCAUAGCCUGGUUCCUCUCUAGGUUUCUUCCUAGGUUUUCGCCUUUCUAGGGAGUUUUUCCUAGCCACCGUGCUUCUACACCUGCAUUACUAGCUGUUUGGGGUUUUAGGCUGGGUUUCUGUACAGCACUUCGAGAUAUUAGCUGAUGUAAGAAGGGCUAUAUAAAAUAAAAUUGAUUGAUUGAUUGAUUAAGUGCCUUGCUCAAGGGCACAUCGACAAAUGUUUCACCUAGUCGGCUCGGGGAUUAGAACCAGCGACCUUUCGGUUACUGGCACAACGCUCUUAACCACUCAUCUAACCGUGUAUUGACAGUAAUGCUGAAUCCUUCCAUUUAUGAGCAUGAUGACCAUGUGUUUUCACUCACUGAACAGAGCAUGUUAGACAACGGCUUAAUUUAAAUAAUCUACGGCUUUUUAAAUGUCACACAACAUGGAUGAGAUGAGCAUUUCAUAUUGUUAUUAUGUAGGCUACAUGACAGAGGUUUCUCCUGUCUGAGAUUGCAACACGUCAAACUGUCAAAUUAGUUUUGCCUCACCGAGACGUCAAUCAUUUACAGAUUCAACAUAUUGGUCCUCAGGAGACUGAUGGUGAUUACUUAAUGGUGACAAGCUUAAUGUGCUGCGUUGUGUCCCAAAUGACACCCUAUUCCCUUUCAAAAGUAGUGCACUACAUAGGGAAUAGGAUGCCAUUUGGGACACGGAUGCUGACAUUUGAGCCAUAAUAAUAAGCCAUUUAGCAGACGCUUUUAUCCAAAGCGACUUACAGUCAUGUGUGCAUACAUUUUUACGUAUGGGUGGUCCCGGGGAUCAAACCCACUACCCUGACGUUACAAGCGCCAUGCUCUACCAAUUGAGCUACAGAGGACCAGCCAUCCAAAAGGACAAGCCGAGCAGAGGGAGGGGCUGAGCUAUGUAUCAGCGAGAUGGUAUUUACGGCUCAUUUGUGCUGGGGGUUUUCUGACUGCCGUGCUGCGACAGCCCCGACAUUAAUCUCUUUUGUUGUUUUUAUGAAGGAGUGAUUCGUUUUCUUUUCCCACCAACUCUAAAUGGUCUAGCUUGAGAGGAAUGUAUUAGGUAUUUUUCUUAAAGGGUAUGUUCAGUAUUUUACAACUUAAUGUUAGAUGGUUCCUCACCCUGACAUUUGUCUAUGGGACAGGAUAAACUGUUUAAAUAGCCACUACAAACUUAUACCAUACAGCUCUGGGUUAAAGGGGAAGUUUGCUAUUUUGCUCAGUUGCUAGCUAAAAUGGCUAGCUAAAAAUCUAUUGGAGUGAUAAGGCAGGUGAGGAACUAUCUAACAUUAAGUUGUAAAAAUUGAACUUCCACUUUAACCCAGCUAAAUCUGAGAAUGUGGAGGGAAUCAAUGCGGACGCAGAACAGCUCAGUCGGUGCCAAAGUAGCCGUGUUGAAAGCAUUUACUGUAAAUGUUCACUUUAAUAAUAAUAAUAAUAAUAUGCCAUUUAGCAGACGCUUUUAUCCAAAGCGACUUACAGUCAUUCGUGCAUACAUUUUUGUGUAUGGGUGGUCCCGGGGAUCGAACCCACUACCUUGGCGUUACAAGCGCCGUGCUCUACCAGCUGAGCUACAAAGGACCACUUUCUUGUUGUGAAUAACAGUAUUUUACAACAUGCACCCAUUUUACCCUAGUAGUCCAGCGCAUAUGGCAGAUGUUUUCAUUUUUUUAAAUUAAAACACUUUAGAACAAUCACAAUGCUUUUAACCGCUCAUGAAAUUUGUUUAAAAUAAAUGCAAUACAAUCCUACACAUAUCCAUGAGGUUCUUAUGUAACUGACCAUUGUCUAAACUAGUUGUGGUUGCUAUUACAGAUUGCAUUCUAUGGAUGACAAUAUCAUGUUGAUGCUACAGUAAGCUACUAUAUGCUUUGUCCCUCAGAUAGCCUAUGCUGCCGUGGACUGCACUAAAGGACCGAACCAAGAGCUGUGCAAGCAGGAGAGUGUGGAGGGCUACCCCACCUUCAACUACUACAACUACGGGAAGUUCGCAGAAAAAUACAACGGAGACCGAGGGGUAAGUGACAUCUUUAGACUUAGUAGCCUCUGCCGAGUCACCAACAAUCGGUUGUUCCGGUUUUCAGGGGAAAUGGAAAGAGAGCCUGUGACGUGACUUCCGCUUUUGGACGUUAACAAGGCGACACUCCAUCUUAACACCUCCACAUUUACUGCACUGUUCGACGAGAACCUCCCCCGACAGUUUGUUCUUCUUCUCAUCAAUAGCAGUAUGUAGGGGAUCUACACUGAAUAAAAAUAUAAACAAUUUCAAAGAUUUUACUGAGUUAUAGUUCAUAUAAGGAAAUCAGUCAAUUGAAAUAAAUUCAUUACGGCCUAAUCUAUGGAUUUCACAUGACUGGGAAUACAGAUAUGCAUCUGUUGGUCACAGAUACCUUUAAAAAAAUAUAUAUAUAUGGGCGUGGAUCAGAAAACCAGUCAGUAUCUGCUGACCACCAUUGGCCUCAUGCAGCGCGACACAUCUCCUUCGCAUUGAGUUGAUCAGGGUGUUGAUUGUGGCCUGUGGAAUGUUGUCCCACUCCUCUUCAAUGGCUGUGCGAAGUUGCUGUAUAUUGGCGGGAACUGGAACAUGCUCAAAAAUGAUCAAUGGGUGACAUGUCUGGUGAGUAUGCAGGCCAUGGAAGAACUGGGACAUUUUCAGGUUCCAGGAAUUGUGUACCGAUCCUUGUGACAUGGGGCUGUGCAUUAUCAUGCUGAAACAGGAGGUGAUGGCGGCAGAUGAAUGGCACGACAAUGAGUCUCAGGAUCUUGUCACUGUAUCUCUGCAUUCAAAUUGACAUCGUUAAAAUGCAAUUGAGUUCGUUGUCCGUAGCUUAUGCCUGCCCAUACCAUAACCCCACCGCCACCAUAGGGCACCCACAACGUUGACAUCAGCAAACCGCUCGCCCACAUGACGCCAUACACGCUGUCUGCCAUCUGCCCGGUACAGUUGAAACCUGGAUUAAUCCGUGAAGAGCACACUUCUCCAGCGUGCCAGUGGUCAUUGAAGGUGAGCAUUUGCCCACUGAAGUCGGUUAAGACGCCGAACUGCAGUCAGGUCAAGUCCCUGGUGAGGACGACGAGCACGCAGAUGAGCUUCCCUGAGACGGUUUCUGACAGUUUGUGCAGAAAUUAUUUGGUUGUGCAAACCCACAGUUUCAUCAGCUGUCCGGGUGGCUGGUCUCAUACAAUCAUGCAGGUGAAAAAGCCGGAUGUGGAGGUCCUGGGCUGGCGUGGUUACACGUGGUCUGUAUUAGCUGAUGUAAGAAGGGCUAUAUAAAAUAAAAUUGAUUGAUUGAUUGAUUUGUGAGGCCGGUUGGAUGUACCCAAAUUCUCUAAAACGACGUUGGGGGCGGCUUAUGGUAGAGAAAUGAACAUUCAAUUAUCUGGCAACAGCUCUGGUGGACAUUCCUGCAGUCAGCAUGCCAAUUGCACGCUCACUCAAAGCUUGAGACAUCUGUGGCAUUGUGUUGUGACACAACUGCACAUUUUAGUGGCCUUUUAUUGUCUCCAGCACAAGGUGCACCUGUGUAAUGAUCAUGUUGUUUACUCUUGAUAUGUCACACCUGCAAAGUGGAUGGAUUAUCUUGGCAAAGGAGAAAUGCUCACUAACAAGGAUGUAAACAAAUUUGUGCACAACAUUUUAGAGAAAUACGUUUUUCGUGCGUAUUGAACAUUUCUGGGAUCUUUUAUUUCAACUCGUUAAACAUGAGACCAACACUUUACAUGUUGCGUUUUAUGUUUUUGUUCAGUGUAGUUGCAGGCGUUUCUUUUGCACCUGCUACGUUAGGUUAUAGUCUUAGUGCCCUAUUAAAAGACUGAAUGUUCAUUUAUAUACUUUUGUUGUUACCUUUGAAUAUGGAAUCUGUCAACUUUCACGAUUUCUAUACUUUCUGUAUUUAUAAACUCUGCCUUAUAUACUAAAUGUACACCAUUAAGCUCUAUUACACCGUUAACCCCUAUUACAUCUUUAUAACAGGCCUCUCCUCUCUUCCUCUCCCCAGGAGGCGGGGUUUAUAGGUUUCAUGCGCAGCCUGCGGGGGCGGGACCAGGGCAAGAGGAAGGAGGAGCUUUAA